AUGAGCACCACCCACUACCACACCGACGAAAUCAAGGCCUUCGCCGCGUUCGAGGCCAAAGGGCAGCUGAAGCCGUUCACCUACACUCCGCGCCCGCUCGGCGAAGAGGACGUCGACAUCCGCAUCACCCACUGCGGUAUCUGCAGCUCCGACCUGCACACCAUUGACUCGGGCUGGGGUCCCUCCCUCUACCCUGUCGUGCCUGGGCACGAGAUCAUCGGCGAAGUGGUGGCCGUCGGACCCAAGGUGACGAGCCUGAAGGCCGGCGACCGAGUGGGCGUCGGCGCGCAGGUGUGGUCGUGCCAGGAGCCCAGCUGCCGCAACUGCAGCGCGCACCUCGACAACUGCUGCCCGAGGCGGGUCUUCACCUACAACGCCAAGUACGCCGACGGCGCGGUGGCCUACGGCGGCUACGCCGAGCGCGUGCGCGUGUCGCACCACUACACCUUCCGCAUUCCCGACAGGCUGCUCUCGGAGCAGGCAGCGCCGCUCCUGUGCGCCGGCGUGACCACCUUCGCCCCGCUCAAGCGCUUUGGCGUGACCAAGGGCACCCGCGUGGGCGUCAUCGGCAUCGGCGGCCUGGGCCACCUGGCCCUCCAGUUCAGCGCCGCGCUCGGGGCCGAGGUGACCGCCAUCUCGACGUCGCCCAGCAAGGAGGCCGAGGCCACCAAGCUCGGCGCCACCAAGUUCCUCCUGUUCAACAACGACGAGGCCAUCAAGGCCGCCGCCGGCUCGCUCGACAUCGUGGUCAUCACCACCGACCAGAACGACAACGACUGGGGCCGCAUGCUCUCCCUGCUCGACGUGGGCGGCAAGAGAAUUGUGAACAUGUCAACACAGUUGAUCCUGUUGGCCGCGCCGGACAAGCCGCUGACGAAGUCGAUCGUGGGCAGCCUCAUCGGCAGCCGGACGGAGGUGGAGGAGACGCUGGCCGUGGCCGCCGCCCACGACGUGCGCGCAUGGGUGAACACCCUGCCGCUCGAUCGCGUCAACGACGGCAUCCAGAUGGUGCGCGACAACAAGGCGCGGUACCGCGUCGUGCUCACCACUCAGCCCAACGCCGACUCCAGCUGA